UUGAAUGUAGUUUAGCGUUGGAAAGCAAGGUGCCCGCGUUUGUGUGCUACAAAUUAAACUACUACAUAGUAAAUCACUAAAACUACAUAUUUGGUUUCAGUUAUUGGCAUUUUGAAUUAAAAAAAAAAAUGGAAUAAUAAAAAAAGUGAAAAGAAAAAUUUAAUAAAAGUGAGUUGUGUGAAGAAAGUGAAAGAUUGCAUACGCGCAGAAAUAACCAAGCAAAAAAAAACUAAAACAACAAAGUGCAAAAGAGGGAGCGUACACGAAAUUAGGAAAGCAAGUGGAAAUCCUGCAAAAGAAUUUACAAUUUUCUAUGCUUCCACAAAAUAAAAAUAAAAGCGUGCGAAAAAGUUUCAAACAGUUUACACUAACGCCGUAGCUCUGAACAAGUGUGCGCGAAGAAAUAAAAAUAAUAAUAAAGGAUGAAAAAGAGCUAAAAAUUAAAAUCGAAUUUAAAAAAAAAGAAAGGUGUCCUCGAACCCAACUUACUGUUUGCCAGAAGCAGUGAAAAGGUACGGCGUAGUGUAAAAUAAAAGUGCCACAAAAACGCUUGUCACAAUUUUUGCUGCUCUACUUUGCUGCAUUAAGCAGGAAAUGGAUUAAAAGCGGAUUUUGAUCUCUCGAAAGUUGUAACGACGACAACGCUUGGAUUGUAGCAGCUUCGUUUUUCGUUUCGACUUUUGGAAGUCGCAAACCAUGACUCUACGAUCAUGCAGAUAAAAAUAAUGGAUACCAAAAUGCAUUUCUGGGUGAUCCUCUUGAUGACUAUUUUCAUUGAGAAUACCUCGGUGGCGAAGCGGCUGAAUGCUAGUCAAGCCUUUGAUGACACGUGGAACACCGCCUCCGAUUUGGAGAAUGAAUUAGAAUGCAUGUUGCAGCAAAAGCGUGGCAAAAGCAGUAGCAGCAGCAGCAGCAUCGGUGGCAUCUCAUCGGCGACGUUGUCGUCCGGCAGCAAAGAUGGCCAAUGGUCUGGUUGGUCGGAAUGGUCGACCUGUUCACGUACCUGCGAUGGCGGCAUUAUGCAACAAAUACGCCGCUGCUUCAACACAAAUGGUUGCAAAGGCGAAAGUGUACGCUAUCGCAUUUGCAACAUGCAGCCAUGUCCGGAGCAACAAGACUUUCGUGCGCAUCAGUGCGCCGCCUACAAUGAUGUGCCCUACGAUGGUACGCUCUACACGUGGACGCCACACUACGACUAUGUGGAACCAUGCGCAUUAACAUGCAGAGGCCGCCCAGCGCACUUACAUUUAGGCGACAGCGCCUCAUCCGAGACCGAAGGCGUUGAAGAUCCCGAACACUAUGACGAUCAUGUGAUCGUACAGCUGUCGGCGCGCGUUCAAGAUGGCACACGCUGUCGAACGGGUAGUCUCGAUAUGUGCAUACAGGGCAAAUGUCAGCGCGUUGGCUGUGAUUUGAAAAUCGGUUCAACGAAAAAGAUCGACAGUUGUGGCGUCUGCGGUGGCGACAGCAGCACCUGUUCGCAGCCACUCUACUAUUGGGAGUCAGCACCAACAAGCCAGUGUUCAGUUACUUGUGGUGGAGGCUACAAGAUGUCUCGUUCUGUGUGUCGAAAUCGUGUCACUGGCGUGGAAGUCGAGGAUACCAUGUGCAGCGGUCCCCAACGACCGGAACCAUCGGUGCUGCUCUGCAACACGCACACCUGUCCUCCGAGGUGGAUUACCGAUGACUGGAGUCCAUGUAGCCGGCUCUGCGGUCCUGGCUAUCGUGAGCGCAUGGUUGUGUGCGCAGAGGAGAAUAAUGGCAUCAAGACAACGGUACUGGAUGUUAUGUGUCGAACGCAAAAGCCAGCCACACAGGAGCCUUGCAUGAUUGAGAAGUGUCCAACGUGGGAGGUGGAGGAAUGGACUGGA